AUGCUCAACCAAAGGUCUUCAACCAUUAUAUACUCCCCACCAGUACACCGUGCAAAGAUCGGAGAGGUUUCGUACUAUUUAAUCCUCUCUUGCAACGCUGAACUGAGUCCGGAAUUCAAUUCUACAUACAUAGCUAUGGCAACAAAAAAUGGGGAUUCGAUCGGUGGACUGAAAUUGGAACAAAGGCAUGGAAAAUCCAGAGUGAGAGUGGGUAGGGUUUGGAAAGAUGAAAACGGAAGGCAUCAUUUCGUGGAAUGGAAUGUUAGCAUCAGCCUCCUCUCCGAUUGCCUCCCGGCGUAUGUCAACGCCGACAAUUCGGAUAUCGUCGCCACUGAUACUAUGAAAAAUACGGUCAAAGCUGCAAUCAUCAAGAUAGUGGAGAAACCAUGGGAACGAAUACAUAUAGAUGGUCAACCACAUGAACACGCAACCACAGAUGUUGACUGUGGUGAAACUUGUGUUGAUAAUAAUGUUGGUGGACAUGUAGGGAGUGAAGUGAAUAGUGAUGGGAUUGAACAAAAUGUACAUUCAAAUGAAGUUCAUGUGGAGGCUGAAACAAAUGAACCUGCUGAUGUUGGGAUAGAACAUUUGAAGGAUGGUGAGGAGAAUGAUGCACCUAUUGCUGGUGAAAAUGAUGAACUUGCACGUGAUGAACCUACAACUGAUGAAGUGCAAUGA